GUCAAACAACAACAGACGCAUGCCUGCAGUCUGCAGUAGGUGAUGGCUGAGAUGGAAGAAACUUUAGACUUUAAUGAUAUUUUAGACGACUGGUUUAUCGAGUCGCUGAAAACGUACAAAGAUCUUCAUGUGUAUCAGCUGGAACAUCCGACCCAGGUCAUCGAGUGGACGUCAGGGAGGACCGUGUGCGUCGCAGGAUACAGCUCGUCUAAAAAUGAAAUUCUGGAGCUGCAUUUACCUCUGAAACUCUUGGCUGAUGAAAACAAGGGUCUCUGUGCAGAACGGGACUUCAAAGUUGUCCACGGUGGGUUCGCAGAAGGUCCUGUUUGCUGCCUCAGACACGUCCCAGGAACGAGGUGUGUCGUUACCAACGACGGGCUGAGCUCCGACCUGCAGGUGUGGACCGUCGGAGGAGACGACAGCGACGUGAUCAGACGAACAGGAAGCGUGAAGGGGACGAGGAGUGUGUCAGCGGGAGGCAGCAGGAUCGCCGCGCCGCUCUCGUCGCAAGUUCUUCACGGAGCUCGAAGCAGCGACAUCCAGCUGACUGAGCUGACCUCAGGACAGAGUCUGUACACACUCGAGACCGACUCGGCCGAGCCUCUGAGUUCUCUACAGUUUGUGAGCGACGCCGUCUUCCUCGCCGGCGGCUGUAACGGCGACGUUUACAUCGCCGACACUCGGACGUCUGCGGCGCCCCAGCUGUGCCCCGGACCGGCGUCUCGGGGGGAAUCGGUCCUCUGGUGGACGGACGCCUCGGCCGGCAGGGUCGUCAGACUCUCCUCGUCUGGACGGGCGGUGAUUUCGGACCUGAGGGACCUGGGAGAAGCUGUGAGCGCGGCUCAGCUGGACGUCCAAUCACGUCGCUGCAACCUGGAUGAUGUCAGAGUCUCGUGGGCUCCGGCGCUGGACGACUGUAUCGCAGUGUCGGGUUUCAGCGCAGCGGUUCAGGUCUAUAAAACCUCCGUGUGGAGUGCGGAGCGGCAGGACGUCCGGCCGCUGUUCGAGCACCGCGGUCACUCCGUGUCCUCGCGGUCCGGCGACCACGUCUUCGCCACCGCCCACGUCUGGCACCCCGAGCGGCCGCGCACGCUGCUGUCCGCGGCCUCGGACGGCUCCGUGCACGUGUGGGACUGGGUCGACCAAUCGGAGCUCUAGUUCACCCUGAGAGGAGCGGAUGGUUAUCUCGGUGAACUUCAGGAACAUUACGAAAACAAAGACCGGAUUACUAACGUGGCGUUGGUUUCAAUCUGUACCGCCUCCACUUCUCAUGAUGGGGUGAAGAGAUGAAAAACAAACAAAUGGAGCAAAAUCACACGUUUCUAUAUUAAAUCUACACAAGAUUAGAUCAGAGAACAUCUCUCAGUAAACGGGAGAAACAUGAACAGAACUUGGUUUAAAUUGCUGUUGGAUUAAACUGCUCUAAUUUAAUACCAA